AUGAAGUUUCAAUACAAAGAAGAACAUUCCUUUGAAAAACGGAAGGCGGAAGGAGAGAAAAUACGCAGAAAGUAUCCUGACCGAGUGCCUGUAAUUGUAGAGAAAGCGCCCAAAGCAAGGCUUGGCGACCUCGACAAGAAGAAAUAUUUGGUCCCGUCGGAUUUGACUGUUGGACAAUUUUACUUUUUGAUUCGAAAACGUAUCCACUUGCGGCCCGAAGACGCUUUGUUUUUCUUUGUUAACAACGUAAUUCCUCCAACAUCUGCCACUAUGGGAUCUCUCUAUCAAGAACAUCAUGACGAAGAUUUUUUCUUGUACAUAGCAUUUUCUGAUGAAAAUGUUUAUGGAUAUUAA